AUGGACUUUCAACGGUUGGUCCAGAAGGGGCGGUUCCUGGAAGCCUGCCAGAGCAUCUCGGUGUUGGCAGAGGACGGGCAGGACUGUGGUCCCCAGUACCAAGUUGUGGCCAAGAGCAUGUGGCCCAUCGUCCAGGAGGCCCUGGGGAGCAUUUCGUACAACCAGGAGCUGGAGCUGAAGCUCCAGGCAGUGGUGGCCACUGUGCAGUGGGCACAGGACAACCCCCAGGAUGGUGGAGUUGCCGCCUGGGGCCGUCAUCUGGAGAAGCUCCUCAUGAGAGAUGCCGAGGCCCGAGUGCCCACCAUGAAGCCCUGGGGCCAGCUGGGCCCCUACCUGGAGGAGCUGGACAAGGCCGUGGGACAGGCCCUGGGGUCCCAGAGGGCAGGCCGGUUGGGAGCCCCACUCUGGGCAAUGUACAGGACGUGCUUUCAGGUGGUCCUCCUCAGCCGCCUCUCCCAGCUCGUCUCCUCCCACAGUCAUGACAGGGAGAGCUGUUGUGAGCUGUACGCCUGGGGCGAGAGGACCUUGUGUGGGCAGCUGGGGGAGACUUCAGAAGCAGGUCCCAGCUCCCUGAAGCCCACAGCCAGCAACCUCUUGGACCCAGAGUCGUUCACUAACUGGAUGUUCGGAAUGCAGGAGACGCUGGUGAGGCUGUUCCAGGAGGAGUUGGAAGAGCGUCUAAGAAAACUCCUGCUCUGUGAUCAGAAAAAGUGGGCCGCAUCUCUCCAGCCAAUGUUCCACAACAUCCGCCAGCUGUUGGAAGAAUGCAUAAACGCAGUCCGACACAAUGGGCCGCCCAUCACCAGACAGGUUCAAGACAUGGUUCUAGGAACAUUUUCAAAGUUUCUGGAAAGCUACAAGGACGAGGCUGCACGCUUCAUCCAGCAGAACGCCGGUGACCAGACUUUCCCCGAGCUGCACGUGAUGGGAAACUGCUGCAUCCUCAGGAACACAUGGGAGUCGCUGACCCAGGCCCACGUUUCCCCGUCUGACUUGGACCCAACUGUGCAAGGUGACAUCAGAUUUAUUGAGGACCGUGGCCGGGACCACCUCCUGCCUCGAGUCAGAGCCCUGUGCCAGGUGGGUGAAGCCCCCCUCCACUGGGAUGCAAGGGCCUCCAUGCCUGAUCAUCUUUGCCUCCCCCCUGAGCUGUGGCUGCCUUCAAGGCUGGGCCUUGCCCAGAGUUCAGGGGUCCCGGUGGAUGCCCAGGGCCUGACCCUGGAGAUGAAGCCCCGAGAGGGCAAGGUGGCCCCCAGGAUGUGGAAACCACAGAGUCUGCUAAGGGGUUACUUUGGGAAGAGUGACAAGGAUCUGGUCCAAGCUCUGCAGUCCCUGUGGCAGGGCCUGAGCCGCUGUACCGUCAUGCACCAUACUCCCACAUACGAGAGCCUUGUGCGAAGUCUGCAUAUGGUGGUCUUCGGGGAGUACGUCCAGGCCCUGGCCGCCCAUGUCAGGACGCUGGGGCCCGGGACGUCAGGGCACCUCAGUGCUCAAGUGGACAUGGACAUCUGGAAGCUGAACAACGUCUUCAGGGUGCACAGGGGCCCGGAUUUGGACAAUCUACGGCAGCCCAUCUUCCAGCUCAGCGAGAGUGAGGGCAGAGAGACUAUGGAUCAGUGGCUGGCCUCCUUCAGUGACAGGUUCCCCGGUUAUCUGAGCUGGCAGGACAGUUCCGUGGCCGUGGAGGAGGAGACUGAGGUCAGGGGAUGCUGCUCAUGCUGCUACAGAUUUCCUCAGCUCUUGUUAAGGGCCUGUUGGCACCCUCGCUGCCCUUGCGGAGCUGGAGGUGAGCGCUAGUGUCAGGAUUCUGCUCACUCUUGGGGCUGUGGGAGUCAUGUGGACCCGGCACCCAGCUAAAGCACAGGAUCUGGGUGCCCCUGGCCACUGAGUGCCACUUCACAAAGGCAGCCUGAUAUCUAGAAGGAAGCCGAUCCUUCUCAAGUCUGGAAUCUUCUAUCAGAAAGAACCCUGAAGACUGGCUGCAGCUGUCACGGACACCGGGCGAUGAAAGGCUGGCACACUCAGUGGUCCAGCCAAGAGAAUGGGAGGGCGACGGGGAUGGACAGAUCCAGACACUCCUGGCGCGGAACGUGGUGGGAAGGAAGACACCCUGCAGGGACAGUGAGGACGAGAGGGGUCAAGAGGAAAGCUGGAGUCCAAGGAUGCUCCCCCGUCGUGGCUGCAUCCUGCCCUUUCUUGUGCGUGUGACAGCUUUAUGGAGACAGGUCACACACCACGCAGUUCACUCACUCAAGUUUAACGUGCCCUUCAAUGGUUUGGGUAUAUUCACAGAGUUGUGCGACCAUCACCACAGUCAGCUCUAGAACAUUUUCAUUACCCUAGAAAGAAACCCUGUACCCUUCAGCUAUCACCCCCAAUCCCUCUUCCCCGCCCUCCCCCAGCCCUAAGCAGUCGCUCCUCUGCUUUCUGUCUCAGUAGAUGUGCCUGUUCUGGACACUUUACAUAAAACGAAUCCUAUAAUAUGAGGUCUUCUGUGAUUAGCUUCUUUCACUUAACUUCAUAUUUCAAGGCUCAUCGAUAUUGUGACACGUGUCAGUACUUGCUUCCUUCUUAGAGCUGAAUAAUAUUCCUUAUAUGGAUGGUCCACGUUUUCUUUAUCCAUUCAUCCGUUGAUGGACAUCUGAGUUGUUUCCGCUCUGGGGCUGUUAUGAAUAAUGCUGCUGUGAGCAUUCGUGUACAAGUUUGUGUGUGGACCUGUGCUUCCAGUCCUCCUGUAUUCUACUCAGGCAUGGAAUUGCUGGGUCAAAUGUAACUCCAUGGUUAACUUUCUGAGAAACUGUAGACUAUUUUUCCAAAAGGGCUGCACCGUUUUACAUUCCCACCAGCAAUAUAUGAGGAUUCCAAUUUCUCCACAUUCCAUUUCUCAUCAACACUUUUUAUUAUCUGACUUUUGGAUGACAGCCAUCCUACUGGGUGGCUAUCUGAAGUGGUAUGUCAUUCUGAAUUAAUUUGCAUUUCCCUGAUGGCUAAUGAUGUUGAGCAUCUUUUCCUGUGCUUAGGGGCCAUUUGUGUAUCUUCCCUGAGAAUUAUCUACUCAGAUCCUUUGCCCAUUUUUAAUUGGGUUAUUUGUCUUUUUAUUAUUGAGUUGUAAGAGUUCUUCAUAUAUUCUAGAUACAAGUCCCUUAGCAGAUACAUGACUUGCAAAAAUGUUAUCACAUUUGGCAGAUUGUCUUUUCACUUUCUUGAUAGUGUCCUU